CUGUCGACAGUCGCUCAAUCGAAAUGGAGAAAAAUGCAGACGUGCAUCGAGACACCGUCGGGAGCGACACCAUCGGGGCGGGCACCGGCGACGCUCUUGCAGCGGGAGGUGGGAAAGGAGCGGCGCAGAAAAGCACAAAUAGUGAGGCUCGCCUCAGUACUUUGCUGGAUAAAGAUCGCUGUAAUAACAGCACGGCUGAGGAGUCUAGCACCCUUCACGCCAACCCCGGCGCGUGCAGGUGUGAUAUAGCGGAGGUCCUGGAAGUCCUGGCCGAACAGGGGGCGAGGAAUAACGCCGAGUCGAGGGACUCGCGGUCUGGAGAGCAGCAGAUCAGUAACGGGAUGGGGUCGGAUCCAGACAAGGAGGGUGGUGCCUCAAAGUUAGUAAACAACCAAACCGACGGGCCGUGCUCAGGUGCGGACGAGAAGGAAAGCGAACCGACCAAACGUGCAAAACCUACCCAUCUAUGCCCGGGUAGGACGAUCCCAGAGGACUUGAGCGCCCCGCACGCCUUAUCUGAGGGGCUGGCGAGCGGCAGCGACCUGGACCCGGACGCCAGCCUCGGGGGUUGCGAGUCCCGAAGCCUGGACUCACUGGACGAGUCAUUUUCCAAGCUCAACUCGUGCCCCAGUUCGGACUUGAACAGCGAGGGCCUGGAGGAGCGAGGGCUGGCCCUGGCCCUGCAGGGCGAAUUCGGCCUGGAUGGCAUCAAGGCGACGUGCGCCAAGGACCGAGCGGCCGGCCAGUCGAUCUACCACAUCAAAUGGAUCAAGUGGAGGGAGGAGAACACGCCGAUCAUCACCCAGAACGAGAACGGCCCCUGCCCGCUGCUUGCCAUCAUGAACGUCCUUCUGCUUGCCUGGAAGGUUAAGAUGCCGCCGAUGAUGGAGAUUAUUACAGCCGAGCAACUGAUGGAAUAUCUUGGAGACUACAUCCUGGAAACCAAACCCAAAGAGAUCUCUGAAGCCCAGCGACUAAAUUAUGAACAGAACAUGAGCGACGCCAUGGCAGUGUUGCACAAGCUCCAGACAGGCCUGGAUGUGAAUGUGAAGUUCACAGGCGUGCGAGUUUUUGAGUACACUCCAGAAUGCAUUGUGUUCGAUCUGCUGGAUAUCCCCCUCUACCACGGCUGGCUAGUGGACCCCCAGAUGUGCGACAUUGUCAAGGCAGUGGGCAACUGCAGCUACAACCAGCUGGUGGAGAAGAUAAUAUCCUGUAAACAGUCAGACAACAGUGAGCUGGCAGGCGAAGGCAUUGUGGCAGAGCAAUUCCUGAGCAGCACAGCCACUCAGCUCACAUACCACGGCCUGUGUGAGCUCACAUCCACCGUGCAGGAGGGUGAACUCUGCGUCUUUUUCAGGAAUAACCACUUCAGCACCAUGAUUAAAUACAAGGGUCAGCUAUACCUACUGGUGACCGAUCAAGGUUUCCUGACAGAAGAGAAGGUCGUGUGGGAGAGUCUUCACAACGUGGACGGAGAUGGCAAUUUCUGCGAUUCCGAAUUCCGGUUAAGGCCUCCGUCAGACCCGGAGACGGUGUACCGAGGACAGCAGGAUCAGAUAGACCAGGACUACCUGAUGGCGCUAUCACUACAGCAGGAGCAGCAGAGUCAGGAUCUGCAGUGGGAGCAGCUGCCCGGAAUCAGCGACCUGGAGCUGGCCAAGAAGCUGCAGGAGGAGGAGGACCGCCGAGCAUCGCAGUACUACCAGGAACAGGAGCAAGAGCAGGCAGCGGCGGCGCAGGCGCAGGCUCAGCAGGAGGCCGCAGAGAGAGACGAGGCGGACAGAGGGGCAGCGGGAGUCGAUGGUCCCGCAGCUGGCGCUGAGACGGUCGCAGCAGCGGCCGCCGCUGGCCAGGCCACGGCCAGCCCGGGAAAACAGUCGUCUAGCGGAGAGCGCAAGGCCAAGAAGGAAGCCAAGGAGAAAGACAAAUGUGUCAUUUUGUAACGUCAAGCGAGCGUAUGGCAAGCCGUUUGAGCUUAUAGUUCAUUUGCGUCAUAUUCAGUCCUCGCGCUAGUAACCAGUGGGACAAUUUAGUAGCCCGCAAUGGUCAAAGGGCUUUCCAUGAAGCCAUGCGAGCAUUUGUUCAACGCUGCCAAAUAGUCUCACUAGUUGAUGGGCCUUGGAUAUGAAGGAUAUGGACUAAAUGCUCAAUGGGUUUGCCAUACGUGCGUGUUUUUGGCGAAGGAAGGAGACACACUCGGAGACGCUCACAAGAGGAUUUGCUUCCCAAACCACUGGUGCCUGCUAGCCUCCAUCCUCAGCGGACCACAACGCCCCCCCGCCCCUCCCCCCACGGGAUCUUUUGACCGAGUCAGCGGAACUUUGUUACCAAUUGCCAUACUGCAUUAUAUUGGUCACAAAGGCAAUCUUUUUUUUAGGAAAAUACAUCAUUUCCGGAAACUAAACGUCACUCGCGUUCUCGUUACGACAAACCUUUGAACUUGUCUUGUUUUUUUUGUUUUUUUGUUUUUUACAGUUCAUCUGCUUUAUGUAAGUAAGCUUGUUGAUGCCAACAUUUAUUUCUUAAUGUUGCCAGUUAACUUUUUACACUAAAAAGUGUGGAAAGCAAUUUGAAUAUUGCAUUCUACUACACUGCAAUGUCAAUUUGAAUUUGAUUAAUUGUUCACCCCUACUAUGUACUAGUUCACACUUGAUUCUCACUAGUAAGCCAAUUCAGUCUGCUAAUAAAAUGAGUCUCACUAGAAUUGGAUUUUUUCCACUGCUAGAUUCACUUCUGGCCUACAAGUAUGCAAACAAGCAUGACUAGUAAACUAAUGUGCUGCGCUAGUAAUACCGCUAGGCACGUGUUACACACUAGUAGCCAGCUGCACAAUAGUAGGAAAACUGUUACGAGUGAGGCAAAACUAUGCAUUGGUUGACAAAUGUGUGCUACCAGUGACAUAAAAUUGUACUUGAUAACAUCUCGUGCUUCACGUAGUCUUAGUAGGACACAGAUGUCAACUAGUGUACAGGUUUGUCUCAACAGCAAUUCACAACUGUCUAUGUUGCAGUUGCAGGCAGGAAUGUCAUAUAGUUGUCGAAGUGCUCAUUCUACUAUUCAGCUGAUUUGUCUUAACUGUGAGAACUAAGAGUGGACAAGUACAUGGACCUCAAGAUGGCUGUCAAGUAUGCUCAAACGACUUUGUAAGGGAUUCUUCUCUACUAAGGACUGUUGGGCCACACGGGGAAAAAUACUGCAAUAAAAAUAGAAAUCCUAGAAUUACAUGAUUAAAAUGGCAAAGAAUGGAGUCAAGAUAUGAAUAAAAAAAUGCCAUAUAGUAUACAAAUGAAGCUGUGAUAGCACGAGAAUAACGUGAAUAUUUUAGAGGAAAAAUUGCAGAAUGAUGUAAUAAUCCACGAAACAAAAAAAUAAUUCUUUUUUUUUAAACUUAUUCUCAUAAUUUUACUUUUUCCCUCCCUUAUUCUCUUAAUUAUAUUUUUUUUCUUGUAACACCACACAACCUUUUUCCAUGUAUUUCAUGACUUCAUUCUUGUAACAUUACAACUAUUUAUUCCAACGUAUAACUUUUUUUCUCAAAACAUUACGACGCCAUCCUUAUGAUUGCUUCCUACUUGUUUUAUAUCUCACUGUUACAUGUAAGAUGACACCUAUUCUUUGUCACAACUUUAAUCUCGUAAUUCUACCACCUUUUUAAUUAAAAUUAUUACAUUUAUUCUUGUAAUAUUAUGGCUUAAUUGUAACAUUACAAUUAUUUAUGGUCGUACUGUUCCAAAUUCUUGUGAAAUUCUGAGUAUAUUCUGAUCAAAUCGUAAGGGUUUCUUUGCUACUCAGUGUGGCCCAAAUCCUCCUUUUGAAUAUUCGGGUUUGUCUGUUUUGGAAACACAAUGCAGAGCUUUUGUGUGCUCACUGAAGAGGUUCUGAUCCCACAACGGUGUACCUUUUUUAUUUUAGCACAGUUUGGCCUUACAUGAAUAUGUGUGUCAUUGCGGUCUGCUCACUUUGAAUGUUGUGUAUUGUCGAGUAAAGUAUUCGGCCACUUUGGAGAAGAGCCAAACAUUUAUCACAAUACUAGUUCCAGACUUUUACCAUGGUGAAUAAUUAUCCAAAUGUUUCUGUGGCACAACCGGACGGGACGUUGGCGACUGAAUGAACUCUCUAUUGUCCCAUUGUUGUGUCGAGGUGAAGAAGUAGAACCCUGGUCAUGUAAAGCUGUAGCCAAUCACAUACAUGUAUGGAAAUCCCUUUCAGCAUUUAGUACACUUGACUUGUUUUUUCUCACUAGUAACAUGUAGUUGACUAUAUGUCAGCGCUGCCCUACUUGUGUGUCAUAUAGCAGUGAAAUCAAAUGUUACAGGUAAAGGUACAUUUGUCCUCCAUAGCGCACGAGCACAUCAUGGAUCUUAAGGUGGAUAUGGAAGAAAUGCUUAAACGGCUUUCCAUACAGAUGCAUUUCGCCAAGACUGUAUAUAUUUCUGACAUGCAUCUGCAAGAGAAUGCUCCUGAGACCUUUUUAUAUCAAAACAUUCCAGUCGGAUGCCUUGACUCAAGAGGACAGAGGUGGGUGGGGACGGGGUUUUUUUUUUUUUUUUUUUUUUUUAAGUACAAGGCGCCUUAUGACGUUUUUCUAGGACAAAUCCAGGCGUCCGAGCAGUGUGAGACAAUCCACCAACAUGCCAACUACUCAGGCCUUCUUGUGAAGAUAUACUAUGCUAGCUCUUUUUCAAGCUUUGUAUGGGCGCACUUCCUCUGGCCUGCAGUCUUGUUGAACUACUCUUGCACACACGAUGGAGCACGCUUGAUUUGUAGACUUCACUCUAAACUUAAGCUGCUCAUGCAUGCGGACUACCUAAAAAGUACAAUGAACCCCUGUUGUUUUUUGUGUGUUGGUUGAAAGGGAACCAAUGAGUGAGUUGAAGAGCUUCACGUAGGGCUUUGCCAUCAUUUUGAUGCCAAUUAACUCUGUUGAAGUGAGUUGAGUAGCUUCAGGUAGUAAUUUGUUGCAAUCUUGGUGUUAUUUAACUAUGUUGAAGUGGAUUGAGGAGCUUCACGUAGUGCUUUGCCGCCAUUUCACUACAAUGUUCGGCAUUUACAAACCAUUUGGAGGGCGUUAAUUAGUCACGGCUGAAAUAGCAGGGGUUCAUUGUAAACUAAUACAAGCCUCCUUUCAACAGGGUUCGGCAAAAUUUCCAGUAUAAUAUAAAUUGUGAAAAGUAAUCUUGCCUUUGUAAUGAAAAAUGACAAAAACACAUAUAAUUCAGUUGAAAACACUAUAGUGGCAUAAUGUAAUUUAUAGGUGAGUGCCAACUUGUUAUUAAUCACCUGAUAGCCAAUUUGAUGGUGCUGUUGGUUUGUUUGGUGAGACAUUUUGAUAAUGAAACGAUGGUGGGAGUUGCUUUGAAUGAGUGAGCAGAGCCUUUUUUUUUUUUUUUUUGACAUCCCAGUCAUCAUCCCCAAACUUUCAUUGUGAAGACAAAUUAGUUGAUAGGAAAGACUGUGUGUCAAUGUGUUUAUCGUUUGCCUUGUAAAAAAAAAAAAAGUGAGGUCAAUUCUGUAAAAUGUGCAUUUCGACACGUUGGAAACUAAUAAGAGUAGUGGCUAUCAUUUGGUUUUUGAUAUGCACUAACAGCAAAGCAACAUACCUCAUUUUGUAUGGCUCAUAAGUGUGCAAAGGGCACUGUUGUCAUUUUGGGUACCUUUUAGAAUAUAAAAAAAAAAAAAGACUACUGGCCAAAAGUUAUCAAAACUUGGUAGCAAUAUUAAGCCAGCUGAACUCUUAAUUUAUUAACAUACAAAAAGGGCUGUUUUCAUGUUGUGGCUGUUGGCGACUAUUGCAAAUUGCUACAUUCAGGUUAGUUUGAACGCACUUCCAGGGGAAACGCAGCUUUGUGUUGACAGAAAUGAUUUACUUCUCAUUUCCAUUCUUUUCAUUUCCUGUUGGACCCCGAAUGAUGUUUUUGCAGCAAACACUUGUAUCAACAACAGACUCAAUUCUGCUAAUUUUAUCUCUUUACAUAAAUGACCAAAUAAUGUAUGUAGCCUUUCACAUUGCAGUCACAUUAUGUAUAUGGUGGUAAAUAUAUAUUUAACUAAAUGCCUUAUAGACGAGGGACAUUCAACCUGAUUAGAAUUGCCAAUAAAAGCGCAAUCAUCACUUCAA